AACCAUAUGCUCCAGUUUGUAGCUCGUCUUUGUACGUAGCUAGCUAGGCAUACAUGGACCUGUCUCUGGCCUUAGGUCGCCCGGCAACCGGCGGCAGUGGGGCGGCCGGCCGGCGAGCAUACAGCUGCGGGCUGGCCGAUGAUGAGGCGCGGCCGUUGUUCCCGUGCCUCUUUUGCGACAGGAAAUUCCUCAAGCCGCAGGCCCUCGGUGGCCACCAGAACGCGCACAGGGAGGAGCGCGCGGCUGGCUGGAACCCCUACGUCUACGGCCGCCCACCCGCUGACAGUGCCGCCUCGUCUCGCGCCUCCGCCACCGACAACUUCAACCCUAUCGCCACGCACGGUGGUGGCGGGGGCGCCGCCCCACCGCCCCUCCAUGUCGUUCUUGAGGCUGGCACGCUGGCUCCGUCGGCCCACGGCGUGCGAGUGGCAGCCGGCCCGUUCUCCGGCGUCCACGACGAUGUGGGGGACAUGCUAAGCUCAGGAAGGUCACCGGCCGCUGAGCCGGCAUUGGAGAGCAACACCGGCGUAGGGAUCAACCUGGAGCUGCGACUCUAGCUUAUUUAGCUACCGACGACAUGCAUCUUGCAGGGUUAUCUUCCAGCUCUCUUGGUUAUUUGCCUUUAUCAAUCUAUCUUCUGAAGGUUUUGUAUUGCCCUUCUUCAGUUUUUGUUUUGUUUUGUGAAGUGCCUUUAUUUCUUCAGACUGAUGGUUUGUUGCCUUAUUCAAGCAUGACCUACUUGCCAUA